AUGAGUGCUCGCCAUUUUCUCGAUCUGUCCGCCGUGACCGCGGCCGAUCUGCGCACCAUCAUCGACUCCGCCCUGGCCGGCAAGGCCGCGCACAAGGCCGGCACCGCCGCGCGCCCGCUCGAAGGCAAGGCACUGGCCAUGAUCUUCGAAAAGCCGUCGACGCGAACGCGCGUCUCUUUCGAUGUCGGCAUGCGUCAGCUUGGCGGCGAGACGAUCAUGCUGACCGGCGGCGAAAUGCAGCUCGGCCGCGACGAGACGAUCGCCGACACCGCGCGCGUCCUGUCGCGCUAUGUCGACAUCAUCAUGAUCCGCACCCAUGAGCAUGACCGGCUCGCCGAACUGGCCGACGCCGCCACCGUCCCGGUCAUCAACGGGCUGACCGACGCAACCCAUCCCUGCCAGAUCAUGGCCGAUGUGAUGACCUUCGAAGAGCAUCGCGGUCCGGUCGCCGGCAGGAAGAUCGCCUGGUCGGGUGACGGCAACAAUGUGCUGCAUUCGAUGAUCGAGGCCAGCGCCCGCUUCGCCUUCGAGCUGGCCGUCGCCGUGCCCAGUGGCAAUGAGCCCGAUCGUGCCUAUAUGGACUGGGCGCGCGGGCAAGGGGCGAAGGUCUCCGUGACCCAUGACCCCGAAACCGCGGUGCAAGACGCCGACGCCGUCGUCACCGAUACCUGGGUCUCCAUGGGCCAGGAGGAACGUGCCCGCGGCCACAAUGUGUUCAUGCCCUAUCAGGUUAACCAGGCGCUCAUGGCCCAUGCCAAGCCGGACGCCCUGUUCAUGCAUUGCCUGCCCGCCCAUCGGGGCGAGGAGGUCACCGACGCGGUCAUCGACGGUCCGCAAUCGGUGGUGCUGGACGAGGCCGAAAACCGGAUGCAUGUCCAGAAGGCCAUUAUCGCAUGGUGUCUGGGCGAGAGCCUCGCCUGA